GUAAACUGAAAGAAAUCCGGUGGAACUCGGAAGAGAGGUGACUGUUGUAUUCUAAAUCAAAAGAUCAAAAUGAAAUCAAAGAUCUAGAACCCUGGCUGCCAUGGAGUCCGAGGGUAACGUGCUCCGCGUGGACUUCCCAAACUUCUCCGGAUCCCUGCUUCAGAAGCUCAACCAGCAACGGCAGAGAGGCCAGCUUUGUGACAUCAUCGUGGUCAUCCAGGGCCACCAGUACCGCGCUCACCGGGCCGUCCUGGCCGCCAGUUCGCCCUACUUCUGCGACCAAGUGCUCCUUAAAAACAGUGCCCGCUGCGUUUUACCUGACGUCAUGCACCCGUGCGUGUUCGAACGUCUCCUCCUCUCUUGCUACACGGGCACCCUGCACCUACCUGCCGGCGAGGUGGUAGCUUUCCUCACGGCAGCUAGCUUCCUCCAGAUGUGGCACGUGGUGGACAAAUGCACUGAGCUCUUAGAGGUGGUAGGAAGCGGCGCUAGCACAUUAGUGCACAAGUCUUCUGGUGGGCUGAGGGACAGGUCUUUCCCUGGGGACAGCAGUUACCACAGCCCUGGGGACGGCUCCAUGGGCCUGCAGGACGGCGGAGGAGGAGGAGCAGUAGAGGGCUUUGCCAAAAUGGAGAUGGACCAGCUCCUGGAGAACAGCUUCUCCCCAUCCUCUCUGGAGAACAACAGCAUCCAGCCCGGCGGCAGCUGCUCUCCGCCGGUCGACCACGACGGCUCAGGUAGCGAGGCCACCAGCCAGGACGGGGAUGACGAGGAGGUUGGUGAGGGGGACUACCAGUACUCCAGACCAGCCUACGUCCCACCCAGCAUCAUGGGCCACAGAAAAUGGGUCCAUGUGAAGUCAGAGAGGCGUGAGGAUUGCGGGGGCGGCGGGACUCUGUUUAGCGGGGACCCUGCGGUUACUGACCCCGAGCAGAUGAACUUUAGCCACUCCCAGGCCUCGGCCAGCAAGAGCUCCCUGAGCCACAGCAUCGACGAGAAGCUGGCAGCUCAGCUGGAGGAUCGCCUGGAGGAGGACCCGCUGGACUUUUAUGGCACCUCCAUGGAGGGCUUCUCCGCCGAUAAGGCCGAAGGAACCCCGCUUGGGCUGAAGAACGACCUGCUAGGAGGGGCAACCGGGGGUGAGGAGAGUGGCGGUGGUUUGGAAGGAAACCCCAGUGGCCUCCAGGAAGAGACCUCCCACUCGGGUUUUGCCUCAGUGGUCUACAAAUUGUACCCCUGCCAGUGUGGCAAGAGUUUCACCCACAAGAGCCAACGGGACCGGCACAUGAGCAUGCACCUUGGCUUGCGGCCAUACGGCUGCGCCGUGUGCGGCAAGAGCUUCAAGAUGAAGCACCACCUGGUGGGCCACAUGAAGAUUCACACGGGUGUAAAGCCCUACGAGUGCAGCCUGUGUGCCAAGCGCUUCAUGUGGCGGGACAGCUUCAACAGACACACGUCCUCCUGCACCAGGGCCCACCAGGCCCGGCCUGCCGUCAAUGAGCAGGCUGCCCAGAUCUGCUGACCCCAGAUCAGAUUUCCAACUACAGUUCACCUCGUCAUCUCCCACAGUCCCGUAUCAGUUUCACUGAGCAGGCUGCCCAGAUUUGCUGAUCCUGGAUCAGAUUAACACACAGUUGCUUGGAUGACCAGUUUAGGUGGAUAUAGGGUUAAUCCACCCCUUUUGAUUUGAACAAAACCUUACAUACAUAUUUGCCCAUUGUAGAAGUGCUCAGAAACAGCUUUUUCUUUUACCUGAAUGCCAACAUGUACAAGAGAUAAAGGUGGUCAAAGUUUACCCAUUUUUCAUACCCCAACAUACCAUAAGACAUCCAUGUCUUCAUCACUGGAAAAGAUAAACGGAUUAGAUUUAUAUAAUUUGAAAAGCUUACAAACAGGGUUGUCAAACUAUUUUAUAUAUUUUUUCCUUUAACGUCAAUGAUCUAAAAACGUGGAAGCUCCUAUUUUACAUCCUUUAAUGUGUUUGUGUUGUGCCUGCCAUCGGUUGAGACACAACAUGCUCUUGAAUACAGGGUGGGUAUAAUGGUUUGGCUAAUAAAUGUAGUAAAAUGUGAAUAACAUUUAAAUUUCAAGUGGAACCACAAAGAUGGUUGGAGGUCCAGACAUCAGAGAAUGUUGACUUGA